AUGGUCUGCACCACAGCUGAGCUCCCCACUCCUCCUGCUACUUCGCACGACAAGCUCAGCGGCCACGAGUGGUGGCAGUCCAUACACCAACCCAAAUAUGUCGUAGCGCCCAUGGUAGACCAAUCGGAACUGGUACGUGGGUACUCUAUGCGAUCCGCUACUCUAUGCAAUACUACACAUCGGUCGCACCCUUUCUUACCGGAUAGGGGCUCGUGAUCUCAGGUCCAUCGUCCAUCGUCCAAGCAAACACUGAUCACACCGGUCACCGCAGGCCUGGCGUAUUCUCUCGCGUCUACAUGGAGCCAACCUCGCCUACACCCCCAUGUUCCACGCCGCGCUCUUCAGCUCCAACCCCAAAUACGAACAUGAGCAGUUCGACAGCUCCCCCGAAUCAAUCGAAGGCGUCGCGCCCUACGAUCGUCCUCUCAUCGUCCAGUUCUGUGCGAACGAUAAGGACAAGUGGUUGGCGGCGGCAAAGAAGGUUGUUGGAAGGUGCGAUGCGGUGGAUUUGAAUUUGGGGUGCCCGCAGGGGAUUGCCAAGAAGGGGCAUUAUGGCGCUUUCCUCAUGGAGGAAUGGAACUUGAUCAAGAGCAUGAGUGAGUGAACGGGACCGUGAGCGUAUUCCUGGUCAGUUCCUCUGAUACGACGGCACCUUCACAGUCUCACAUCUGCACGAACACCUCGCGAUCCCCGUCAUCGCCAAACUGCGAGUCUUCCCGACGCUCGACAAGACGCUCGACUACGCCUCGCUCGUCUACUCGUCCGGUGCCCAACUCGUCACCGUCCACGGUCGAACUCGGGAAGCCAAAGGUCGCUUGGCAGGUUUCGCCUCCUGGCCUAAGAUCCGUUCCGUCGUCGACUUGCUCAGUCCCCGCGUCCCCGUCCUAGCGAACGGAGGUGUCCCCAGCGCCGAAGAAGUCGAACCUUGUCUCGCCGAAACGGGUGCGAAAGGGAUCAUGUCCGCCGAAGGCAACCUUUACAACCCCAUGAUCUUCUCCCCCAUGAACGCCAAAGCCGGACGAGACUAUUUCGCCCAGCUUCCUCAGGAGAUGCGACUCGCCCUUUCGAGAUGUGAUGAACAAUUCGAGGCCGGUGUCGAAUGGGAUCGGGAUAUGGCUGCUUACGCCCCUUCGACGUGGUUGGCGGCGCAAUACCUGGCGAUUGUCAGUACUAUUCCUCAUACCAAGACCUCGAUUAGUGCGAUCAAGGCGCAUCUAUUCAAGUUGUUCCGACCUGUUUGGGCCGUCGAGAGGCAUUUGGAUAUGAGGGAGUUGUUGGGCAGAGCUGGAGGUGGCAGGUCGCUGGACUAUGAGGCCAAAGUCAAAGAGUAUCAUGAAAUUGUGAAUGAGUUUGUAAGAAGGUUCAAAGUGAGUCCUUCUUGUUGGGGGCCGACGAGUCAAAUACUUCUUAUCCUGACCCAUACAUUGCUGUUCCAGGCCGACCUUGUCGAAGGCCACCUCCCGCCCAACUCGUUCCGGCCCUUGACGCACGCCGAAGUCCAAACCACUUAUGGCGGCGUGGUCCCCUACUCCCACGCGCAACCUUACCUCCGGGUGACCAAACCCGAAGAAGACCAAGUCGUCGCCGGGACCGCGACGAGUGCCGAGAACGAAAACAGAUUGGUUAUGCAAGUUGAAACGAAUGGGAAACGAGCCGCGUCGCCUUCGUCCCUUGACGAAACGACGGAAGCGAAACGCUCCAAAACGACGGACGAGUCGACUUUGGAUGCAUCUGUGAUCCCACCCGUGAUCAAGGACAAGACGACGCCGUGCAUCAAUUCGACGAAGGACUCGUCACCUUGCAUCAAUAUCGCAGCCAACAAAUGCUCGCAUUCGGCUUGUUCGGCAUGCUGCGCUAGCAUCAGGAAGGAGGAACUGAGUUGGGGUGGGUGUACACAUCAUGAGGAGAAGGAGAGGAAAGAUGCGGAAAAACGACAGUUGAAGAAGAAUCGGGUUAAGGAUAGGAAGGCCAAGAGGGCCGGCGCUAAGGGGGAUAGUGCACUCUCGCAAUGA